GUUAUGUGUAUGGUAGAGUGCAAAUGGUAGAGAGCAAAUGAAACAAAACAAAAAAGACGAGACACACUUUGAAACCGAUCCAUUCCAGGGGCAGAUAAAAUUGUUGAAGAUGCUGCAGACCGUGUUGUUCAUCAAGCUCUUGUUGGUACAUUACUCAACACAGAGUUUGACAGAAGUCCACUCAAACUGCAGUGAGGAUGUUUCUCUGCAGUGUCCAGUUGUCAGUAGUCAAAAGUUCUUCUCCUUGAUGUGGUACAUGCUUGACGAAAAUAGUCAGCGAAAAGCUAUCAUCAGAAUCAGUGACAACAAGACGAAGGUCUAUAACUUGUCUCGGCCAGUCCAGUUUGGACAGAACUACAGUCUGUUCCUGCCCAGUGCCAAACAUGAAGAUUCGGGGUUGUACGAAUGCUUCAUUGGAGGAUUCAUUGGGCAAAGAAAUCUGAAUCACAUAGUCAAGCUGAUUGUUACAGAGUGUGUCAGCCAGACUCACGGGACACCAGUGACAGAUGACCAGCUGAAUAUGACCACCAGCACAGAGGAUGUGUCACUGAUGUGGAGCUUGACAGGCUAUGCGAUAAUGGGCCUCAUAAAAAUACUCUUAUCUCUCAUCAGCAUAAAGGUUAUUAAAAGUGUUCACACCAGGUCUUCAAAACGACAACUCAAGUGGUGACUUUCUAACAACUGACAUCAGAUGUAAAUGGAUGAGCAAAUGCUGAUUGUACAUGAUCAAUUCAAAGUCAGUUUUCUUUUACAUGCUUUCAAAGUGAUUGAUAUUUGAUUUUACCCAAAAUGCCCACAAGCACUUUAAAAGGAUGUCACUGUGCUGCAUCAGACAAUAUGGGUUUUACUAGAUCAGCCCACCUAGAACAUAGACAUGAGACAAUGUCACACAUAGAGAGGGAAUGAUUUUAAAAAUAAGACAUUCAAAACUGUCUCAGAGGUGUAAACACCAUUUAUCAUCAUAUAGCAUAAAACAGACGUGAGUACGGCCCCCUGCAACAUGAUUCUGAAUGGCUUCAGAUCUCUAUAACUGCAUUCAUUUGACAAGUAGACUGUUUCCGCUUUUGAACAAUCAAAAACAAAUCAUUUAGAACAUUCAUCAUUUGCUAUAGUCAUUCAUUCAUUUGCUGUACUUUUGUAUUCCAGUUAAGGUCACG